AACGCUUGUUUAGUAACAAUUAAAAUGAAGUUUAUAAGUGAAGAGUGCGCCGGCUGUGGGGUGCCAGCCACUCUCACCUGCACUCGCUGUCGCAUGGCACGUUACUGCUGCGUUGAUCACCAGAAGGCACAUUGGAGCAAGCAUAAGCGUUGUUGUAAGCCCUACCGAGAGGAGCAGGAUGAGAUCUUGGGCCGUUACCUGGUGGCCACACAAGAGCUGCAGCCCAAGCAGAUUAUCUUUAUAGAGGAACCACUUGUUGUUGGCCCCAAGUGGUAUCUAACUGAACCAGAGCAGUCGGCGAGCAUUGUGCCCUGCGUGGCCUGCUAUACGCCCUGUCGUCUGGGCAAGCAUCAGUGCCGCAGUUGCCGCUGGCCCGUUUGUAGCGCUGCUUGCGAGCAUGAGAGCUUGGAGUGUAGCGUACUUAGUCUUGGCAGUGCUGCUGCAGCAAAAUCUGAUGCCCGCACAUUGCAUGAUUCCUUUCGUCAUGAUGCUCUACUCGUCUUAAAGUGCUUACUGCUGCAGCAAAGCCAUCCGCAGCGCUGGCAGGCAUUGUUGGAGAUGCAGUCGCAUGAGAAGGAACGACACGGCACUGAGCUGCAACUGGAGGCAGACAAGCGCAUUGUUAGCUAUUUGCAACAGCGCUUUCUUCAACGUUUGAAGCAAGCCUCCAAGCAGCUGCCGCCUCUGCAGUAUGAUACGGAGCUGUUGCAUCGCAUUUGCGGCAUCAUUGAAACCAACUACAUGGUCAUUGAACUGGCUACGGGGGUUGAGCUAAGCGGUCUCUUUCGCCAGGCCUGCAUGAUGGAGCACGCCUGCCAGCCGAAUUGUUACUUUCAAUUCGAUAGCCUCACCCAGCGCAUUGCAGUGCGUGCUGGGGGCAACAUCAAGAAGGGGGAGCAUCUGAAGAUAAGCUAUACAAAUAUAUUGUGGGGUACACAGAUGCGGCAACAUCAUUUGCGCAUGACCAAGCACUUUGGCUGCUGUUGCCAGCGUUGCGAGGAUCCCACCGAAUUUGGCAGCUAUGUGAGUGCCAUGCGUUGCUUGGGUGAUGUGUCCAAGUCUUGCGUGGGAAUGCAGUUGCCUGUUGAGCCGCUCUCGGAGAAGACGCAGUGGCAGUGCAACAGCUGUCCAAUGCUUUUGGAUGCCGCUUAUGUGACGGAGGUUCAGAGCCACAUGACCGCGGAGGUGGAGCGACUACUCGCUGGCCAGCCCUCAGCUAGUCAAGUGGAGCUGCUGCUGGCGCGACUGUCGCAACUAUUGCAUCCGAAUCAUUUCCACAUGUUUAAUUUGAAGCAUACGCUUAUUCAACUCUAUGGUCAUGAGUCAGGUCUGGAGCUGCCAAUGCUGAGUGCAGCGCAGCUUGAACGCAAGCUGCGUCUUUGCGAGGAGCUAUACGACGUGUGUCAUCGUCUAGAUCCUCACAGCAUCAAACUGGCCAUCUAUGUUUGUGUUAUACUAAUGGAGAUUGCUCAUACGCUUCAGGAGCAGGCACGCAGAUCGACUGGCGAGACGGCAACUCAACUGCAGCUGGCGAACUCGCGACUAUUGGAGGCUCAGGAGGUGCUGGAAAAAGAAACCGACUCGGUCGCUGGCAAGAAAUUGCAUUAUAAGUUGCAGCAGGAUCUAUUUGAGCUGGAUAAACUGAUACUGCACUGUCAGUCAAUAUCUUAAAAGGAAGAAAUUGUUACAUUUUUUAUAUCUUAAAACUUUUGUUUUAA